UAUCUAUCGCGUACAUUCACAUAUAUUUCCACCACCACACCCAUUCACACAUGUUGCACCCAAACAGGAUCAAGUCUUAAGCCUGGUCCCGAACUUAACAUAUUCUCGGCGGGCUCAUCCAAUCCCACGCUAAACACUCAUGCUUAUAUCAAUCACAAUGGCAACGGUGCCAACUCUAAUGGUGGCGGAGGCGGUGGCGGCAAUGGGUCACCGAAUGGCGGUGGCAAUGGCCAAAAUGGGGGCUCCAACAAUGGUGGCAAUGGCAACAAUCCGGCGAUUAUUGAUCCCCACUAUGUGUUUGGGGCGCCACAGUCGGUGCCCAUUUUGCCCAAUCUGCCCAUAUUCCCCUAUAACUCACCAACUGUAGCACCUGCUUUUCAACAAUUUCCUCAACCCAAUCAUCCAGGUAGCGUACUUAAUCCCGGCCGUCCCCAAAAUGGCAUGCAGCCGCUGAAUCCCUACAACUCGCCCUUCGUCUUUGGUCAACAGCCCUUCUACAAUGCACCAGGCGGUACUGGCGGCCCACCCGGCGGCAGCAGUGGCAUCUUGGGCGGCAGCGGCGGUGGCUUGGCCCCUUAUCCAGGCGGCUAUCCAAGUCCCAAUAGUUAUAACAAACCCCCACCACAAUAUCAAAAUCAGAAUCCCUACAAUCGUCAGACACAGACGCAUGCCCACAGUGGCAGCAUUACGAUGCAUGGUUCCAUGGCAAGCGCCGUUUGUAAAUUGACCCUGACUCUCACCGUGGUGGGAGUAUUGCUUGGCAAAAUGAUGCACAUCAGCACGUAAUAUUUUUAAUAUAUUUUUUCUUUUUAUUUCCUUUCACAUUGGUUGUUAUUUUGAGCUAAUUAUUUGAAUUUUGUUAAAAUUAUAUAGAGAAACAGAAAAUGAAACGAAACACGAAACACAAAACACGUGAAAACGAUAACUACCACAAAAAAAAGCUGAAUAUUAUACAUACUACAAAAAAAAAUAAAUAUUUUUUUUCUCAGUUACGAGUUUCAAUUUUAA